CGUUCCGGACUUUGUGUCACGGGUGCUCCUCUGUCCUUGUGCAAGCCGGAAUCUGAGCACCCUCUGAAGGGUUGGCUCGUGCAAAGAGGCGGCGAAUGGGGCCCUCGAGCAACAUCGGUCCCAGCGCCUAUCUCCUUCCUUCAGCCCGCUCGGCCCGGGGCUUUGUUAGACUGAGGUCUCCCAAGGAGGACAUCCGAGCUGGCAACUGCCUCCUGAGCCCACGGUCCCCACUGAGCGCCGGCCUCAGGCCCGCCCUCGUCGGUUCUCAGCCUCUGGCCCCGUUUCCCUGGCCUGGGAGACCCGCCUCCGCUCCCCAACCCCCGCUCCUAUCCCCUCUCCGUCUGCGCCUGCAGGCCCCUCCAGCCCCUCCUCUCGCUAACGUGGCUCUGGGACCCGGUCCCGGCCCAGACUCUGCUACCGGCCCCUCCUCGGAGCCCCGGAUCCGGUCACAGGUUUCCUAUCCCCCUCAAGCCCCCACAGGAGUCACCAACCCAGGUACUUCCCCAUUAUCCUGGUUUCGGGGCCUGGAGGAUGAUGCUGUGGCUGCAGAACUUGGGCUGGACUUUCAGAGAUUCCUGACCUUGAACCGGACCUUGCUAGUGGCUGCCCGGGAUCACGUUUUCUCCUUCGAUCUUCAAGCCGAAGAAGAAGGGGAGGGGCUGGUGCCCAACAAGUAUCUAACAUGGAGAAGCCAAGAUGUGGAGAACUGUGCUGUACGGGGAAAGCUGACGGAUGAGUGCUACAACUAUAUUCGUGUUCUUGUUCCCUGGGACUCCCAGACGCUCCUUGCCUGUGGAACGAACUCAUUCAGCCCUGUGUGCCGCAGCUAUGGGAUAACUUCGCUGCAGCAGGAGGGUGAGGAACUGAGUGGGCAGGCUCGAUGCCCCUUUGAUGCCACCCAGUCCAACGUGGCCAUCUUUGCAGAGGGCAGCCUGUACUCAGCCACAGCUGCGGAUUUCCAGGCCAGUGAUGCUGUAGUUUACAGAAGCCUUGGGCCCCAGCCCCCACUCCGCUCCGCCAAGUAUGACUCCAAGUGGCUCCGAGAGCCACACUUUGUCCAGGCCUUGGAGCAUGGAGACCAUGUCUACUUCUUCUUCCGCGAGGUCUCUGUGGAGGAUGCUCGGCUGGGGAGGGUGCAGUUCUCCCGCGUAGCCCGAGUAUGUAAACGUGACAUGGGCGGCUCGCCUCGGGCCUUGGACCGCCACUGGACAUCCUUCCUGAAGCUUCGGCUCAACUGCUCUGUCCCUGGGGACUCUACUUUCUAUUUUGACGUUUUACAGGCCUUGACUGGGCCUGUGAACCUGCAUGGCCGCUCUGCUCUCUUUGGGGUCUUCACCACCCAGACCAAUAGCAUCCCUGGCUCUGCCGUCUGCGCCUUCUACCUGGAUGAGAUUGAGCGUGGGUUUGAGGGCAAGUUCAAGGAGCAGAGGAGUCUGGAUGGGGCCUGGACUCCUGUGUCUGAGGACAGAGUUCCCUCACCCAGGCCAGGAUCCUGUGCAGGAGUAGGGGGAGCUGCCUUGUUCUCCUCUUCCCGAGACCUCCCUGAUGAUGUCCUGACCUUCAUCAAGGCUCACCCGCUGCUGGACCCCGCUGUACCACCUGUCACCCAUCAGCCUCUACUCACUCUCACUAGCAGGGCCCUACUGACCCAAGUAGCUGUGGAUGGCAUGGCUGGUCCCCACAGUAACAUCACAGUCAUGUUCCUUGGCUCCAAUGAUGGGACAGUGCUGAAGGUGCUGCCCCCAGGUGGGCGAUCCGGGGGACCUGAGCCCAUCCUCCUGGAAGAGAUUGAUGCCUACAGCCCUGCCCGGUGCAGUGGGAAGCGGACAGCCCAAACAGCACGACGGAUCAUAGGGCUGGAGCUGGACACUGAGGGUCACAGGCUUUUUGUGGCUUUUUCUGGCUGUAUUGUCUACCUCCCUCUCAGCCGGUGUGCCCGGCAUGGGGCCUGUCAGAGGAGCUGUUUGGCUUCUCAGGACCCAUACUGUGGAUGGCAUAGCUCCAGGGGCUGUGUGGAUAUCAGGGGAUCUGGUGGGACUGAUGUGGAUCAGGCUGGGAACCAGGAAUCCAUGGAGCAUGGUGACUGCCAAGAUGGAGCUACUGGGAGUCAGUCUGGCCCUGGGGAUUCUGCUUAUGUGCUUCCGGGUCCUGGCCCUUCCCCUGGGACCCCCAGUCCUCCCAGUGAUGCCCACCCCCGGCCCCAGUCUUCCACUCUUGGAGUUCACACUCGGGGCGUGCGCCGGGACCUGCCCCCAGCCUCGGCCUCCCGCUCCGUCCCCAUCCCACUCCUCCUGGCCAGUGUGGCUGCAGCUUUUGCCCUGGGCGCCUCAGUCUCUGGCCUCCUGGUCUCCUGUGCUUGUCGCCGCGCCCACCGACGUCGGGGCAAGGACAUCGAGACUCCGGGGCUCCCGCGCCCUCUCUCCCUCCGCAGUUUGGCCCGGCUCCACGGUGGGGGCCCAGAGCCCCCGCCGCCCUCCAAGGACCGGGACGCGGUGCAGACGCCGCAGCUCUACACCACCUUCCUGCCGCCUCCGGAGGGCGUGCCCCCGCCGGAGCUGGCCUGCCUACCCACCCCCGAGUCCACGCCGGAGCUGCCGGUCAAGCACCUCCGCGCCGCCGGGGACCCCUGGGAGUGGAACCAGAACAGGAACAACGCCAAGGAGGGUCCGGGCCGCUCACGGGGCGGGCACGCGGCGGGCAGGCCCGCGCCCCGCGUGCUGGUGAGGCCACCGCCGCCCGGCUGUCCCGGGCAGGCCGUGGAAGUCACCACCCUGGAGGAACUGCUGCGCUACCUGCACGGCCCGCAGCCGCCCAGAAAGGGGGCCGAGCCCCCCGCCCCUUUAACCUCGCGGGCGCUCCCGCCGGAGCCCGCCCCCGCCCUCUUGGGCGGCCCCAGCCCCAGGCCCCACGAGUGCGCCCCGCCGCUGAGGCUGGACGUGCCCCCCGAGGGCAGUUGCGCCUCUGCCCCCGCCCGGCCCGCGCUCUCCGCCCCCGCUCCCCGGCUGGGCGUCGGCGGAGGCCGGAGGUUGCCUUUCUCCGGCCACCGGGCCCCCCCUGCCCUGCUCACUCGAGUCCCCUCGGGAGGUCCCUCCAGGUACUCCGGGGGUCCCGGGAAGCACCUCCUGUACCUGGGCCGGCCCGAGGGCUACCGGGGCCGCGCCCUGAAAAGGGUGGACGUCGAGAAGCCCCAGUUGUCCCUGAAGCCUCCCCUCGUCGGGCCCUCCUCCCGCCAGGCCGUCCCGAACGGCGGCCGUUUCAACUUUUAAAGGGAGCGGCCCACGGCCUCCAGCGUGGGGAGCGCCCGAGUCCUCUCGGCCACGAGCUGGACGCUCUUCAGGACGUCUCACCGCCCCCUCGCCCCGCACCUCCAGCCUUCCCGACUCGCAGAGUCUCCCGAGGCCCCUUUUCGCCUCGGGUUUAUUUAUUGACUGUCUUUCCCCCUGUCCUCGACAGAGGAGUGGGAGGUGAGAAGCCCGUCCCCUCAGUGAGCCAGCAUUUCAGGGGGAGCUGGCGGACUCCCACUCCCCGCUCCCUUCCAGCCAAGCUGCCUUAACUCGCCCCUCGGGGCUCCCCCAGAGACUGUGCCCCGGGCGGGCCGCGCGCGCUGUGUCCAGAGUCCUCGGGCCUCCUGGGUCUGGGACGUGCCUCUCCUACUGUGUAGGAGCCUCCGCUUCCCAAUACAGCCGUGUCUGCAGCCACUGCCUGACUUCACUCGGGCGGGGGAGGGCGGCAGUCGGUCGGCUCGCUCUGGGCGCCCUCGCUCUCUGCCUUCAUCUGGGCCCUGGGCUCUCCCGGGUAAUGGGAUGGCUGCGGUCCCGCCGGGGGGCAGUCUGGAAAGGUUUCCUAAAGGAGACGAGCGAACUAACGGUGUCGAGGUGAGCCAGGGCCCGGGGGACCCCGGUAAAGUUUAGUUGAGGCUGGGGAAGGCCCUCGGAGCUCGUUUCCAGAUCGAGGUAAGAGGGACUUUCUUAAAGGCCUAGUCUAUGGGAUGGGGCGGCGGAGGGAAUUUUUUGAGAAAUAAAAUGAAGCUGCAGCGUA